UCGACAUCAGUCAACGUUUGCUCUCAACGUUCUCCCAUUGCAAAAUCAAAAAUGUUCAAGGCUUUGAUCUUCACCGCCAUUGUUGGCAUUGCUUUUGCCUCACCACUUUCGACAAGUGCUCUUAAGUCCAUCGCGGGUGGAUCAUCCGGCGCAAAGAAAGUUAUCGAUGUCGUCGUCCCCCAUGUCAGUGGCGAUGAUGUACACGCCCAGACCGUGAACCGUGUCGACGAUGUUCGUGCCGAUGGCUUCAGUGCUAUCUUGGAGACAAGUAACCAUAUCAGCGAGUCCAGAAAUGGCGAUGUGCACGGCAACAUUCACGGCGAUUACGGCUGGACUUCACCUGAAGGCGAACACAUCCAGCUCACCUAUGUGGCUGAUGAGAACGGUUACCAGCCAAGUGGUGCCCAUCUGCCAACUCCACCCCCAAUUCCCGCAGCCAUCCUGAGGGGUCUUGAAUGGAUCGCAGCGCAUCCUCCAGCACCUGAGACCUACGAAGAUUAAAACCUGAUUGGGUCAUUUGAUGGGAAGUGGCUUUUACUUAGAAUACCGAUGAUGAAGAAAAAGUUUUUAAGUCCUACAAAAAUAAACUCAAAUUGCAACCUCUUUAAAUAGAAAAUUGUCU